GCGUUGUUCAGCGUUUGCGGACAUCCAGGAUCGGUCUCGAAUUGGGACACUGUCUCGAACAAAGACUCUUUCUAAGUAGAGAGGAUCUUAGUUCUCCGUUCAGCCAAUCGUAUGAAUAUCACGACGCUCUGUAGGCCACACCCAGUACUGAACCAGAAUCAGCGACAGCAUGGACAAUUCACCCAUCCCACCACGACCGAUCCACAUAGACUCUUCAAAGCUGCAGAAAGGGCAGCGCGCAGGGGACAAGGUCCCCGGUGAUGACACCACUAAAAACAGAGUACCAGGUGUACCUCGUGGAAGAUACAAAGAAAAAUUUCAAGGCUUGAGGGAACGUUAUGAUCGAGUCUUAGGGUUACACAAAGAGUACGAGAGAGAUCUCGAGCUUGCAAAUGCACGCAUGCGAAAGCUUCAAGCUGAGAACGACUUGCUUCUUGACGCGAUCAAUCUUACAGUUCCGGCAACGCCCUCACUCAUGCAUCUCACACGUCCCUCUCCUACGCUAUAUUCACACCUGGCUCCAGCUCCAGCUCCGCCUCCACCUCACCAUAUGAACGGGCACGGCGUUUCUCAUUCUAAUGGGAGAUAUAGGCCAGUAGAUCCAUAUGACAUCACACCUUCGGAGCGGGAACGGGAGCGGGAACGGGAUCGUGAUUACCGGGAUAUUCCUCCUGAAACGCCAGCGAACGGACGCUUGUGAAUACGAGUCGAAUGCGUGGCCUCGAUCGCGGCCCGUUCAUUAGGCCACUAUUCAGUUACGUUCGUCUUCGUACAUUUUUGUUUGUCCUGCUAUCGUUGUCAUAUG